AUGAUACUACCUUUCUUUGAAGAAGAUGCCUGGUGCUACUGGGUUGUUUCAGUUGGUGCUCUGCUAUCAUUUCUCGGUCUUGUUGCUACUUGUAUCUGCAGUUGUCGACGAAAUGAGAAUAAGAAUGAAUUUCUGGACCUCGCUGGUACAGUAACACUGAAUAAUUCUGAAACAGACAAUUUCGACAGAAUUCUGACAUUGGAUGUAUGCCAGGUUAUUGAGCAGGAUAUCAACGAUGGAAAAAGGACUACAAGUGCCAACAGAAGUCUUCCAGAUAUUCCAAAAGAUAAGAGCAGAGAACAUGAGAACAUGGUAGAUUCAGAACCUCAAGAUAUUUAUGACACUACUGAAAUUAUGGGGGACCAUUCAGAAUUGUAUGCUACAGUCCAAGAUGCAGCUCAAGAACAAAUGUUUGAAAGGGAACCACAAGAAGUUAUCUUGCAAGGAUGUGCCUUGCCACAAGAUACAUCUCAUCAAUAUACAAGAUUUGCAUCUCCUGUUUCUGACAAUCUUGAACAUCCUUAUGCCCAACUUCAAAAUAUUCAGAAAACUGAGGCUAGUCAAAUAAAUAGAAAUAAUGUUAAUCAAAUUACGAAUAUUGAAAAACCAUCAACAUCAAUGGAUCAAUCAAAUGAAAAUCCAAUCGCACCACCGAGAACUCGACGAUCUUCAUCUCACAACUCACUUCUUAAUUCUGAAAUACAUUACGAUAUUCAGGCUGCUAAUGCUAUCUCUGGUGGUGUUCAAGCUAAUCAAGAUUUACCCUACAUGACACCGCCUCUCUUAAUGUUACUGCCACAGCCACUGCAUCCCCAACAUAAUAAUCUGCAACAACACUUCAGUGGAGACUCACAAGAUUCGAAAGGAUAUACAAGCAUAAGCGUGAGGGAACCAUUAGCUAAUAUAAUAGCACAAAGUAAGACAACUUACAGACAAAAUCAAUCUACUCGACCAAUUACUGAUCCCCAUUAUGCUACUGUUUCUGAUGAUUCUGACGAAAUGUAUGCUGCAAUUGAUGAACAGGAUAAAAUAUAUACCAGUGGCAGUGAAACAUAUGCACAAAUUCAGCCAAUGACAUCAGAAGUACAAGUACAACAUGAACAAAUAGUAUUUUGUCAGCCUCCGCGCACAGAAGAAACACAUUCUGCACCUCAACCACCGAGUGUCGAUAGUUUACGUCAUGUUGCACACGCCCAUUCUAGGCAAGCGUCAUCGUCAAGUGCCAAUAGCUCCAUUAUCAAUCUCGGAUCUCCUAAACCUGAAAAACGUCAAGCAAAUUCUCCUCUACCACCGCCACCUGAAGCAACUGCGGAGGCAUACGCAUCUAUUGACAAAAAAAACAAAAAUGAUGAUAAAUCGAAGUCUUCAUUGUCGGCGGGUAAAUCACUAGAGGAUAUGUACGCGAAGGUGAUGAAGAAAAAAAAGGAAAUAGAGGAACAGCAAAAUGAUGCUCAUCCAAGCUUUAAUGUUUUACAUUCUGAAACGAAUGCUUGUAGAAAAUUAAGUCUUAUAGAAAUCAGCAGAGCAUCAUGGUGCAGCCACGAAUCUGUGGAAAUACAGAAAAAGGAAUCCGAUUUUGUUCAUUGUUCAACCAAUAGUUCUACUACAAGCAAUUUUUAUGCAGAAAAUAACAAGGGCACUUCUUUAAAAAUGCCUAAAGAUGAUGCGGAUGUGAUCUCGUUACAUUUAGAAUCUGAUCACGAAUACGAAGCCGUUAAUUCUAACAGUCAAAGAAACUCUGUUGCAAGAAUCGUUAUGAAUUCAUUUAAUUCAAACUAUGAUAUAUUACGUCAGCAGUCUUUGCAAGAAAAUGAAAACAAUUCAAUAUCUAUGAAAAAUAAUACGGAUAUAUAUUCGACACCAUUUAAGCGCAGACAAGUAAGUAACGCUAGCAGCGACGAUCCUGGUUAUGAGAAGGUGCGAUUGCAACAGCGAGAUCAUGAAAUAGAUUCGGAGCCAAAUUACGAAAGCAUGCCACAUGAUACGAAUGAGCCGAACUAUGCGUCCGUUUGUCGACCUGGUGACAGUGAUACGGACCCAAAUUAUGAGUCUGUGAAUCACACCGAUCCGAAUUAUGAAAGUGUGAAAUACAUGAGUGUCGGGCAAAGUGAGGAACCACCAUAUGAACAAGUGAAUAAUUUAUUGUUAAAUGCAAAUGCGGACGGUUAUGAGAAGGUAAAAAAUAAGAAGAAAAUGGACAGUAAUUACGAAAAAAUAAUACUACAUAAUUCUUUAGAAAAAAUUAGCAACGGAGGGGAUACCGACGACGAGCAAUUCGUUCAAGUGUAAUGUUCUUAUUUUGCGUUACUAUGAGACCUAAUGAUCGAAUUGUGUGUUCAGUGUUCUUUGCAAUCUCAAGCUCACUCAAAAUUGAGUGAACAAAAUUUGACCUUAUAUUUUGCAACAAGCGAUUUACAAACAAUACAUCAAAUGGCAUUGAUAUAAUAAUGAGAAUAAGACUGAGGAAGACAGACAGUAAAAGUAAGCUUUUGAAUAAAGAGACGAUAGCACUUAAUUUCUAAAUUGUUAUAAAUGGAUGUAUUUUUAGGAUAAUAUAUAGGAGCAUAAUUCGAAAAGUUACCAAUAAACGAGUCAAAAUAUAAAUUAAUUCUAUAUUCUGUUCAACGAAAGAAUGACUUCUGUCUGCGCAUAGGAAGCAGCAUAACGAGCAAAAUGGGGAUGUAUUCAUUACUGUAUAUGUACAUAUGAUACUUCCGAACUUUGGGCUUAGAAAAUUGAUCGGAUGAAAUAAUUAGAGUUGGGAAAUAACACGUUACUUAUAAGCCGUUACAUUUUUUGGUAACGAUCGUUACUUUUUUCUAUCUUUAACAGUAACGGUAACGUCGUUACAUUUGUGCAGUAAUGAUAACGAAUUCAAUCGCUACUUUUAUCAUUACUUUAAUUUUUAUUGGUUGGAUUAUAUUUCAAUAUUG